AUGAGUUUCGAAGGAAAUACCCUAGGCAAAGGGGCCAAAUCUUUUCCUCUGUAUAUUGCAGUGAAUCAGUACUCUAAACGAAUGGAGGACGAGCUCAAUAUGAAACCAGGUGACAAAAUUAAAGUCAUUACCGAUGAUGGGGAGUACAAUGACGGCUGGUAUUAUGGGCGCAAUUUGAGAACCAAGGAGGAAGGUUUAUACCCAGCGGUAUUUACCAAAAAAAUAGCAAUAGACAAUGCAGAAGGUCUGCGUGAAACACGAACCCAAGAGAGUGGCAAUUCUGGCGUCAAGUAUGGAACUUUAAAUGGUUCUGCGAGUAAGAUAGGAAAUAUUUCCUCGCAGAAACAGGAGAACAGGUACACGUCAUUGAAAAGUACAAUGAGCGAUAUAGACAAAGCUUUAGAAGAACUAAGAAAUGGUUCAGUUGAACAAGAGGUAUCAAGAUCCCCCACAAAAGUACCCAAAGUGAGCGCUCUGGAGGUGCAAGAUGAAGAGACCCUGAUUCAAGAUAAAACCCAAAACGAGGGAAACGCGACGCACGACUCGAUAUUUUCAAGUACAGCGGAUUUGAACUUAAGUUCCGAUUCUUUAAAGAACAUAAGUAGGUCAAAUAUAUCAACAAAAUCCCUAGAACCGAGUUCAGAACCUGUCAAUUUAUUAGACCCAAAAAUGGCUAAAAAUUGGAGCCCAGAAGAGGUUACUGAUUACUUUAGUUUGGUUGGAUUUGAUCAAAUCACUUCCAAUAAAUUCAAAGAGCAUCAAGUCUCCGGGAAAAUACUAUUAGAAUUAGAGUUAGAACACCUGAAAGAAUUGGAAAUAAAUUCUUUUGGGAUAAGAUUUGAGAUAUUUAAAGAAAUAGGGAACAUCAAAUCCACAAUAGAUUCGUCGUCAAAUACACUGCAUAGCGACUACACCACCUUUGCUUUUGAAAACCAAACAGCCCGACUAAUGCCUGCAGCCACUGUAAAUAGAGACGAAAUUCAACAACCAAUUUCCUCCAAGUGCAACAAGCCACCAGGCGUGAGCUCUGAUAGAAAAUCAUCUUCGGGCACUACAGAAUUGCAAAGACCGAGCUCGGUUGUUGUUAAUCCCAACUUCAAACUUCACGACCCAGCUGAGCAAAUUUUAGAUAUGGCAGAAGUUCCUAAUUUGUUUGCUGAUAAAGACAUUUUUGAAUCACCGGGAAGAGCUCCAAAACCGCCAUCAUAUCCAAGCCCCGUUCAACCACCACAAUCGCCAUCUUUUAAUAACAGAUAUGCAAGUAACAACGCCAGGUUUCUCCCUCAAUCAACAAAUUCAUCCAAAAACAAGAACUCAGCCGUUUAUUCAAAUGGACUAAUUCCAAAAUCUUCGACAUCUUCCGAUAAUUCAACAGGAAAAUUCAAAUUUCCUGCUAUGAAUGGUCAUGACUCGAACUCUAGGAAAACAACAUUGACAUCUGCUACUAUUCCUUCCAUUAAUACGGUUAAUACAGACGAAUCUCUACCCGCAAUUUCAAACAUAUCUUCGAAUGCUACAUCUCAUCAUCCGAACAGAAAUUCCGUUGUCUACAAUAGCCAUAAGAGGACUGAAUCUGGAAGUUCGUUCGUUGAUUUAUUCAAUAGGAUUUCAAUGUUAUCGCCAGUCAAGUCAAGUUUUGACGAAGAAGAAACGAAGCAACCUUCAAAAGCUAGUAGAGCAGUUUUCGAUUCAACACGCAGGAAGUCGUCUUACGGACAUUCAAGAGAUACCUCACUUUCUGGAAUGAAAAAGCAUAGGAGAAACUCCUCUAUAUUAUCCUUUUUUUCUUCGAAGAGUCAAUCUAAUCCAACGUCGCCAACAAAACAAACUUUCACUAUCGAUCCUUCUAAGAUGACUUCCCAUUCCCGCUCCCAGUCGAACUCCUAUUCGCAUGCAAGAUCACAAUCUUACUCCCACAGUAGAAAGCACUCCUUAGUUACUAGCCCCUUGAAAACUUCUUUAAGCCCCAUAAAUUCCAAAUCCAAUAUUGCCUUAGCGCAUAACGACACAUCUAAUAGUAAUGAUAAAGAGGAAUUAUCUCAACCGCGUGAAGGUAAGCACAAGCACAAGCAUAAACAUAGGAGCAAGCACAAGCAUAACAGUGGCUCCAAAGAUAGCCCCUCUGAGGAAAAAAGCAAAAAGAAACUAUUCUCUAGCACCAAGGAGUCAUCCGUCGGAAGCAAGGAAUCCAAAAGAUCUCCCAGUGAACUUACCCAAAAAACUACCAAAUCGAUACUUCCCAGAUCGAACGCUAAAAAACAACAAACAUCUGCUUUUACUGAAGGUAUACGCUCCAUCACAGCAAAGGAAUCUAUGCAAAAUGCGGACUGUUCAGGCUGGAUGAGUAAAAAAGGCACUGGCGCUAUGGGCACUUGGAAACAAAGGUUUUUCACACUUCAUGGAACAAGACUUUCUUAUUUUACGAACACUAAUGAUGAAAAGGAGCGUGGCUUGAUAGACAUAACCGCACAUAGAGUCUUACCUGCCAGUGAUGAUGAUAGGCUAAUUUCCUUGUACGCUGCGAGCCUAGGAAAAGGAAAAUACUGUUUCAAAUUGGUUCCUCCGCAACCGGGGUCCAAGAAAGGACUAACCUUUACGGAGCCUCGUGUCCACUACUUUGCAGUCGAGAAUAAAUCCGAAAUGAAGGCAUGGUUAUCAGCCAUAAUAAAGGCUACCAUCGAUAUUGAUACAAGCGUCCCCGUUAUUAGUUCAUAUGCCACACCAACAAUACCUUUAAGCAAGGCGCAGAUUUUAUUGGAAGAGGCUAGGUUGCAAACCCAGUUAAGAGAUGCUGAAGAGGAAGAAGGAAGAGAUCAAUUUGGAUGGGAUGACACUCAAAAUAAAAGAAAUUCUAAUUAUCCAAUCGAACAAGAACAAUUUGGAAAAACCAAUGAUUACUUAGAAAGUUCAGGAUUUGAAUAUCCUGGUGGCAGACUUUGA